UUGGCAGAUUCUGCACCGUGGCCAGAAGGCAGGAAGGAUGGCUGAGGAUAGAAAAAGAAAGCCAGCAGCCUCGUCUCUCUGUAGACCACACGACCAUACACAGAGGUGAAAACCAUCAGAGAUGAAUCAGCGCACGUGGCUUGUGCACCGAAGGCCAGUUGGACGUCGGAUCAGUCGUGCCUCUGUUGGAAUCCAGGACUGGCCAGCACAGGGCUGACCUCGGCGGGAGUACCUGUAGGCCCCCGGACUGCAGCAGCAGGGAGAGGCUGUGGGUGCCCCAGCAAGCCCAUCUCACGUGUCAGCCUUGCCGAGUGGGUUCUCAAGUGUCCUGUGCAAACACAGAGCCAGCACAUGCCUGCUGGACCUGCUGGAAGGAGCUCCCGACACAGUCCCAGUAAAACACCAGCCCAGUGACCACCGGCCAGGGCAGAGCCCAGAACAAGGAGCCUGCAGAAGGCCGCUGGCCCUGCCCGGCUUGGACAGAGCACUGGUGUGCCUGCGUUUAGGAGAUGGUGUUCAGGACAUUACAGGAGGGGCAGGCCUGCAAAAUGAGAUAGGGGAAAUGGCACACACAGAAGAAAGUUGUGCAGUAAAGAGGGUUAGUGUCUGGGAGGACACUAAAAAGUGCCUGACGAGGUCACCGUGGGGAUCGGAGCGUGGUCCCCUCUGACUUGGCAGGAGGGACUUGGGGGAUCUCAGUGUGAGGCUGCGAAACAUUUCCGUGUGUUAUCAUGUCUUUGAAAAUGCCUGAAUGUCACCAAGUGCCCUGCUGACAUUUAGACCUCCUUAGGAUUUAUUUCCUGGUGGGAGAUAGCCCAGCACUGGAAGGAGCUUGCCUGAUAGGACGGGGAUGGGGUGCUGCUUGCCUGCCCAGGAGGCCACUUGCCUGCAGACAGCCUGCCCAGCCUCACCUCCUCCAUGGCCGCCUCUGCCAGGCUGGAUGCCUGCUGGCAGGGGGCAGCUGCAUUGAGCCUGGAGGCAGGUACACUGUUGUGGGGUGGGCAGUGGGGCCGGGGCCUGGAGUGCUCUGUGGCCUGGAAGGUACAGACUCCAGAGACGGGUGUGUGGGAAGAGGCCAGCACAUAGGGCUGACGGUUGUGUGUGGAGUCGUGUGGUCUUGAAUAGCCCACACGUUGUCCCUUGCAUGUGUGCCAAGCUCUUGGGCUGCGGAGAGAGGAGUGAGCUGCAUGUGUCCCCAGGCUCCUCUGCUCUGGGCUCCCCAUGGGUGCAGGCCCUCUGGGGGCACGGGCUGUGGGCUGUGGCUUGCUGAUGCCUGCAGACUCCAUGGCAUGGACGGCCCAUUGUUCAGCCGGCCCUGGUCUUUUCAUGCAACAGUGGGUGUUGGGGCAGCGUGUGAGUGAGACACCUUUGGAAAGAGAAUGGGGUGAAUUUCAUAGACAUGUGAGUUCAGAAAUCCAGCCACGGGGGGAAGACCUCUUCCUGCCGGUGUCCACAACGGUCCUCACCUGUGCUCCUUUGAUGACUGGAAAAUAACACCAGGGCGGUUUUACUCUGUGUUUCUGAGUGGGGCGGAGCCACGUACAAGUUCUCACAGAUGCGCUCCACCCUGGAACUGUGUGGCCACAUCCCAUGGCCAUGUUCAGCUGGUUCCUUUGGUUGCUGAUCUGCAGGAAAGGGGUCUGUCCACACCCACGCCUCCACACAGAAAGGCAGUUGGCUCUUGGUCUGGGAUCCAGCUCGCAGGAUCUCCCCUGAUGCGGGACUCUGCUGCUGUGCACGGUAGACCCUCUCACACUUAACCGUUUUUCUGGGCCUCUGGAUUCUGGGUCACAUGGAAAAGAGCCUUCCGUGUUCCAAGAGUGUUUUAUGACCCUCUUGCCUUUUGUCUGGCACUUCUGAGGGUUCCCCUCCGUGUUUGGGCUUCUGUCCUGGGUGUCCAUGCUCACUGAUGCCCACCCCGUUCUCUGCACCCCGUGUACCGUCUGCCUGCUGGCACCUCUGUGAGGGUCUGUCCCUUGCCACUGCAGCCCCAGGCUGGUCUCAAGCAGAGUGCACCCCAAUAGUUAAGGAGGCCUGAGGCAGAGGCCAACCUCAGUGAGGACGCAGUCUGGCCCUGGGUACGUGUGGGGACCCCCUCCCUCAACCCCCCCAUGUGCAGUGAGGACGCAGCCUGGCCCCGGAUGUGUAUGUGGGGACCCCUGCCCUCAGCUCCCACGUGCAGUGAGGACACAGGCUGGCCCUGGGUGUGUGUGUGGACCCCCGCCCUCAGCCCCGUGUGCAGUGAAGACGCAGGCUGGCCCCAGGUGUGUAUGGGGACCCUGUCCUCAGCCCCCACAUGCAGUGAGGACUCAGGCAGGCCCCAGGUGUUUGUGGGGACCCCUGCACUCAGCCCCCACAUGCAUUGAGGAUGCAUGUAGGCUUGCCCCAGGUGUGUGUGGGGACCCCUGCCCUCAGCCCCACACAUGCAGUGAGGACGCAGGCUUGCCCUGGGUGUGUGUGGGGACCCCAUCCUCAGCCCCAACGUACGGUGAGGAUGCAGGCUGGCCCUGACGCCCCAAGGCAGGCUGGGAGGUGGGCUCACUUGCCAUCCCUCCCCCUCCCCACACCCACAGCUGCUGUCACCAGCACAGCCCCAGGUACCCCUGGGCCAGCCUUGCUGUGGUUGGUCCUGUUGGACACAGACAUAUUUUGGCACCAGCCUAGAGCUGGGUUAAUCUCGGAGAAUCCAGUCUGGGGUCUGUGCAGGUUGUAGGCUGCAGCCCUUCCGGUGUGUGGCGGCACGCCGUUGUGGGCACAGCUGUUUACAUUCCUGUCUGGGGACAUGUCUCCGUCGUGUGAGCUGCCUUUGUGUGGGGAGUGUGGCUCUUCCACUCUGCAGUGUGGGGUCCCCGGGCCCCUGCCUGCCCUGGCCCAGCUCAGCUGUCCUUGUGCUCAGGGCCGCUUGAGCUCAGGCAUGAGGCCUAGAAGUGCACGAAGUGACCCCUGCCAUGUCCCCAUGCUCUGAGGCAGGAUGCCCUGACCCCAGGAUGGGAACUGGGGGUGCAGGUCGCUGAAGCUCACAGGUGUCUUCUCCCCAGAGGCCUUGCUGCCCACAUGGGGCCUGUCUGUGCCUUGCGGACCUUUGGGGUUCCUCCAGCCCAUACUCUCACUGGUCACAGCACACCAGUUGGUCCUCCUGGCUCAGUGUCCCCAGGCGUGUGCUGUGCAACAUGUGUAUGGACUCAGUCUGGUGGGAACACGCCUUGGGCUCUGCUCACCGACACCCUGGGCUUCUGGGACACUUGUAGCCCGGCUCUGCUGCAGCUCAGGGCUCAGCCCCAGCAGCCCAUUGGUGCCAUGCUAGCCCAGAACACCCUGGGGUGUCCUCCCAGGGUGCUGGCCAGCCCCUUGCACCCACUGCACCUGAGUGUGAAGAGGAUGGUUCUUCCCGCUCUGUGUCCUUCAUGGCUUUACCCUCCAGGGUCUUUUGCAGGGAUUCCUUUCUCCCACCUGCCUGCCUACUCCCCUCCGUGCCCCAUGCCCUCUGCUUUGGCAUCCCUGCAGCCUUGCUGGGCUCCUGCCUGGGCCUCCUUUGGGCCUGGUUCCCAAGUCUCAGCACCUUGGCCUCCUGCCCUUGGGGAGCUGACCAGGAAGGGCAAGGCUGGUGCUGCUCCGUCAGGAACGUGGGUCUGGGGUCCUUAGGGCAAGGAUCAACUCUGCCCUGUACAGGCUCUGCCCUUGGCAGGGUACAUGCCUAUCCCCCCAGCACACUCUGGCCCCCCAAGCCCAGGCAGGGCCAAGGAGAGGCCAUGCUGGGGUGUGUGCAGGGCAGGGGAAGGGAGGGGCCUUGGAAGUCAUUACCCUAGGUUGUCCCCAGAGGAGCCUGACCUGCUGUGUCAUUGCUGGGUCCAUCCAGCUUCUAGGAGCACCUGCCUGAGCACCUUACCCUGCAGAAAGCUGCCAGGAGCCAGCCAGUGGCCACCAUGCCCUUGAGGGGGCUUUUGAAGGGCAGCAGUAAGAGGGAUGGGACAUGAUGUGGGGUGUAAGUGUCUGAGAAUACUGGAGCCCCUGGCUCCUGUGGGUCAGUGGGGUGCAGAGGCUUGUUUCUUGUGAUGCUCAUGUCAGAGGACCGGAGCCCCACCCAUGUCUAGUUGGGCACCUCUCCUUCCUGAGGGCUGAGGGUCUGGGUGUGCCUAGAGCCCGGAUGUGGCAUCACCUGUGUGGGGACAUUGAGAUGUGUCUGAGCACAGAACAGGCAGGAGGUCAGGACCAGUCGGCCCCUGGGUGGAACAGCUGAAAUGGGGGUUGGGGGGACCUGAGAACAGGUGGCUGACUCUGAAGGUCAGGGCCUUGGCUCAGAUCAGAGGGUCAGAGCUGCAGGGGAACAAGGAGCCGGCUCUGGGCCUCCCCUGGGUUCGACCGGGAGCUCCUCAGUGGCCCAGGAGUUCCUGGAGACCCUACUGGGACCUGCAGGGCCAUCUGUACAGGCUGCAGGAGAGCAGGAAAUGAGCCAGGACCCUCUCCCAGAGGCCACAGGGCCAUUGUGGGGUUGAGUCGCUGCAGCUUUGGGCGGCAGCGGGUGGGGGUCCUGGAGCAGCAGUACAUGCUCCAACUGGGUAAGCAGACACAGGAGUGGGUGGGGCAGAGUGUCGGAUGUGGUCCCCUUGUGGCCUGGGCUCCUGUACCCCUCCCUGCCCUGUCCAUCUGCGCCCUUGGCCCACCCCUGUGCUGGGCUGGCCUGAAGGUGCGUGUGUGUGUGUGUGAGUGUGUCUGUCUGUCUCUCGCCUCGGGCGUGGCCCUCACCGUGGCAUCUCUGUACCCAGGCUAACGGGCAGUGAGCCCCUGACCAUUCUCCCGCUUACCCUGGAGCCGGAAGCCGCCGCCCAGGCACACUACAAGGCCUGCGACCGGCUGAAGCUGGAACGCAAGCAAAGGCGCAUGUGCCGCAGAGACCCGGGGGUGGCCGAGACACUGGUGGAGGCGGUGAGCAUGAGCGCACUUGAAUGCCAGUACCAGUUCCGGUUUGAGCGCUGGAACUGUACCUUGGAGGGCCGCUACCGGGCCAGCCUGCUCAAGCGAGGCUUCAAGGAGACCGCCUUCCUCUACGCCAUCUCCUCUGCCGGCCUGACGCAUGCGCUGGCCAAGGCGUGUAGCGCGGGCCGCAUGGAGCGCUGCACGUGUGAUGAGGCCCCCGACCUGGAGAACCGGGAGGCCUGGCAGUGGGGCGGCUGUGGGGACAACCUCAAGUACAGCAGCAAGUUUGUCAAGGAGUUCCUGGGCCGCCGCUCAAGCAAGGACCUGCGAGCCCGCGUGGACUUCCACAACAACCUCGUGGGUGUGAAGGUAAUCAAGGCCGGGGUGGAGACCACGUGCAAGUGCCACGGCGUGUCGGGCUCCUGUACUGUGCGGACGUGCUGGCGGCAGCUGGCACCCUUCCACGAGGUGGGCAAGCGCCUGAAACACAAGUACGAGACAGCACUCAAGGUGGGCAGCACCACCAACGAGGCCACCGGGGAGGCCGGCGCCAUCUCGCCGCCUCGGGGCCGGGCUGCAGGGACAGGAGGCAGCGACCCGCUGCCCCGCACGCCAGAGCUUGUGCACCUGGACGACUCGCCCAGUUUCUGCUUGGCCAGCCGCUUCUCCCCGGGCACUGCCGGCCGCAGGUGCCACCGGGAGAAGAACUGCGAGAGCAUCUGCUGUGGGCGUGGCCACAACACCCAGAGCCGGGUGGUGACACGGCCCUGCCAGUGCCAGGUGCGCUGGUGCUGCUACGUGGAGUGCAGGCAGUGCACUCAGCGUGAGGAGGUCUACACCUGCAAGGGCUGAGCCCCGGGGCCGGCCAGGCUGCUGCAGGGGAAAGAGGCCGUGCACCCAGUGUGAGGGGUCUACACUGCAAGGGCUGAGUCCCUGGGAUGGGGCCCCCAGCACACUUGGCACAUGGUAAUGAGAGCCCGGGGAUUGGUUGGGUUUGCUGUCCCUGCCUCUUUGUCCGUACUCUCAAAGACCCAGAGGCGGGAGGUGGCCCUGGUCUGGCCCCUGCAUCCCCUCUGUCCGCGCCCUACCCCCACCCCCAUGACCUGAGAGCGUGGCACCAUGCUUUCCAAGCUGUGUCCGUCCCUGAGAGGCCAGUUCCUGCGAGCGGCACCCUUCCCUGCUCUGGGCUCCCUCUGAGGAGCACCGGGUGCACCUUCGCGGCCAUACAGGGUCUCUGUGUGGCCGCCUGUGGGCUGUCCUGCUCCAGCACUGGCUUAGAGAGUCAAACCACUAGGAGAGAGACAGCCCGGCCACCCAGCCGCGGGGGUCACUGCUGUCCCCUCUGACAUGGAGCACUUCUCUUGGGAGUGAUGUUGGUGACUGUUAAAUUAUUUUUAUUUAACUAAUAUAUAAUAAUUAUUAUUUCCAUCCCUGCCCUGCCUCAGGCUUGUGGCUCCCCCUCCUCUUGGUGGUGCCCAGUCUGGAGGGUCCCCUUCGUCCCUCCCCUCUACGCCCCCUCCUAACCUCUUUGCCUGAUCUGCUUUGUCGUUUGAAACCACUAAAUCAAGAGGGAUGUUGCUGUUGUUGUUUUUAAAGUAAUAAAGCAGGUUGUGUGUGGACACUGCCCUCAGGGCUUCUGGAAGCCAGGCCCCUAUACCCAGCUGCCCCCAGUGAGACUGUCCUGGGAAGUGGGUGGACCCCACUCUGGGAGACUUUGGCACGCACCCCAGCCACUUUGGUGUAGGUUUUAAGGCCUGGGGUGGCAGCCGGUGGCCUGCCCUCCCCCCAGGGGUGGGCACAGCAGAGGGGAGGGGCCAGCCCCUUGAAGGGUUCAUUUCCUAGCUUGCUUUGUGUUACUGCGGGAGGAGGCAGACGUGAGGACGCAUGUGGAUGGAGAGAAUCUGGGGCUAGGAUUUGGCAAAAGGCAGGCUGUUCUCUCUGGCCACUCUGUUGUCUUUGCAGGGAAGGAAAAUGGAUGGGCUACACUGACCUGGCUUGGUUUGAGUGUGUGUGCACAUGCAUGCAUAUGUGCAAGAGUGUACUGCUUGCAUAAGUGGUUUUGUGUGUAUACGUGUGCACGAGCACACGUGUGUAUGAAGUAUGUGUGCAUUUAUGUGCAUGCAUGUGUGAACACGCUUGCAGGUUUAUGCGUGAGCAUAUGUGUGAGCACAUGCGUGAGCAAGUCUGAAGUGUGUGCAUGCAUGAGACUGUGUCAGCAUAUGUAUGUGUCUGCAGAAGUGUGCAUGUGAGCACAGGGGGCUUGUAUGACACAUGCAUCUGUGCUGUGUGUGUGUGAGCAUGUGCACAUAGCUACGCAUGCGUGCUAUAUGUGUGAUGUGCAUGUGCAUGUGUGAUGUGCAUGCAUGCAUGCAUGUGGGUGAAUGUGUAGCCACAUGUAUCUGUGGUGUGUGUGCCUGUUCUGGCUGUGUUGGCAUGGUCAGUGGUCAGCUGGGGCGUGGCCUCCGCUCAGUGCCCUCCCUCAGCAUGAGGCUGUCCUUCCCACGUUGGUGUGAAUGGCAGCCUUGGCUCCUAGAUCCUUUGGCUCUGGGCCUGCCCUGCUCAGGCUCUGUGGCUGUUCUCUGGGUGGGUACAGAGCUGGGUGGCAGUGCAGACACAGGAACUACUGAGUGAGGGGGUUCCUUGGAGUUCCGUGGGCUCCAGGAACCCUGGGGACUGUGUUUUUAAAAGAAAACCUAUUUAUGUUGAUGUGGGUCUCUUGGUCCCUGUUCUAUAGUGUAAAUAGUGAAGUCUAUUCUGUGGUUCAGAGAACAUCCCGUGAAUGCCUGCAUGCUGAGAGGGUGGGGGCCAGGGGCCCAGAGUGGGUGCAGCCACACCCCUGUGACAAGACUGGAGCUCAGUCACUUCUGGGUCUGGAAAGGCAGCAAGUCGGAGGAAGGAUAUUUUGUUAACCAGAUACCACAUUUAGCUCUAUGUCAUAAUAUAAAGGGAAGUAUUUUUUUAAACAAGGCAGACUGAAAACGUCUGCUGGCUGGUCUGUUUAUAUAUAAACAUAUAUCAGAAUAUCUUGCUAAGCGAACUCCUCUUGAUGGAGCCUCUGGUCAGCGUGCUGCUCUUCGUGCAGGAGAGCCUCUAGAAGAAACUGUGCCCAGGGGUCAGCCUCUCUGGGACGGGGCAGGGGGCGGGCCACAGGGCUCAGCCAUGCUGAGGGCCAGGCGGGUCCCGGCCACCUGCUCCCUGCCAGCCACACACAUGUGGACUCCUGGCUCGGUUUGGGAGGUCCGGGUAGGCUGGGGGGAGAGGGGCAUUCACACACGAGAACCCUCGUGCGAGCCUAUCGAUUUCUCUACCUCAUCUGUAUAGCGAGUAGGUGUGUACUCGAGUGACUUGGAGAAUGUAUUUAUUUAAUGGCUUUGUGUAACAAAACAGAAACGAAAUGGACACUAAAUAAAUGUAUUUUAAAUUAUA